AUGCAGAUGUGCGGCGGAGGAGGCGCUGCUGCACCUCCCCCACCACCACCACCGCCACCGGCUCCAGUUUGUUGUGCUCCAGCAGCACCUGCAGCACCACCACCA